CCGCCAGUGCCGUACGUUAUAAUCCCACAGCUGAUAACCGCGACGCGUAUUGGUUUUAUUCGGAUUUCAGACCCCAAUUUAUUUUCAUUUUACGUUUUUAUUUCAGUAUUGUAUUGUUUAGUUUUACGAUUUUGUCACAAAUUGUACGUCUAGCGUUCUCUCAUCUCGUUUUACUUUUCAGUCAUAAACUGGAUACUUUUUAUAACCUGUAGUUUCUAAAUUAAUUCAUGUUUUCUGAUGAGGAUGGAUUUUGCAAUUCUAGUUUUUGGGACUCCACCAUCUCCUGGGAUACAGACAAUCCUCGACUCCCCUUGUGUUUUGAGAAGACAGCUCUGGUGUGGGGUCCAUGUCUGCUGCUCUGGCUGCUCACACCUCUCGAGCUGUUUGUUAUAUUCCGCAGCAAGUGUAGAGAUGUGCCUUGGGGAUUCACAAACACUACAAAACUGUGUUUCAACUUAGUACUUAUCACACUGAGUGUUACCAGCUUCGUCUGGUCACUGACCCUGAGUAUGGCAGGAGAAAAGGUUUACCCUGUUGAUCUGUGGACUCCUGCUGUAACUUCUGCUACUUUUUUGUUGACGUUGGUACUACUUAUUUGGGACAUGCAAAGAGGACUCCAGUCUUCAGCAGUUCUGUUCUUGUUUUGGCUAAUUUUAAGUAUGGCUGGCCUCGCACAAUUCUCCACCGAAUUUAAAGACGCAGAGUAUGAUGAUUCAGGAGAAAGUGUAUCCACGUGUCUACUUUACAUAUUUCAGUACCUUCUUGUGGUUUUAAUGUUUCUACUGAACAUAUUUGCUGAUCCACCGCCAAAAGUAACCAACUAUCCAAAAAGCCAGAAACUAUGUCCAGAAGUACAAGCCUCAUUUCCUUCAAGAAUGAUUUUUGGAUGGUUUGAUCAGCUGAUAUGGAAGGGUUAUAAGAAAUCUUUGAAUGUUGCCGAUCUAUGGGACUUACGUUAUCAGGACACUUCAGCUCAGAUAGUAAGACGAUUUGAGAGAAGCUGGACAAAGUAUUAUGGUGAAGAUACUGAGGCUGAUAGCAGUAAAUUGUACAAGAAAUUUAAAUCAUAUGGAACACUGAAAAAUACAAGUAGUGUAAAGAAGAAGAAAGUCACUAUUCUAUGGCCUACCUGGGGGACUUUUUGGGGCCCAAUCAUUUCUUCAGGAGCAAUUAAGAUCGUAGUAGAUAUCAUAUCGUUUGCUAAUCCACAGAUUUUAAAGUUGAUGAUCCAAUUUGUAGACAGCAAGGAGUAUAUGUGGAGAGGGUUUGCCUACGCAAUCAGCAUGUUCAUUUGUGCAGAAUUGCAAUCUAUAUUUUUCCAUCAGCACCUGAUUGCUAUGUACAGGAUUGGUCUCAACUGGAGGACGGCAAUCACGUUUGCUGUUUAUAAGAAGUCUCUGCGUAUCUCCAAUGCAGCCCGCAAGAGGUACACAAUGGGAGAAGUGGUAAAUAUGAUGGCUGUGGAUGCUCAGCGAUGUAAUGACUUUGCAUUUUACUUUCACUUUACGUGGACCACUCCGUUCAUCAUCCUUGCUGCUCUUUAUUUCCUCUGGCAGAUGCUCGGUCCAGCAGCAUUAGCCGGACUGUCCGUCAUGCUCAUCAUCAUUCCAAUAAAUGCUCUUAUAGCGAAGAAAGUAAAACUCCUGCAGAUGGAACAGAUGACAUAUAAGGAUGAAAGAGUCAAACAGAUGAAUGAAGUAUUGACUGGAAUCAAGGUAUUAAAGCUCUAUGCCUGGGAUCCAAGUUUCAGGAACCAAAUUCUUAAGAUAAGAGAGAAGGAGAUUAGAGUGUUAAAAUCAGCUGCAAUGUGGAAUGCUUCCAUCUCCUUCUUAUGGCUCUGUUCUUCAUUCCUGGUGUCUCUUGUUACUUUUGCAGUAUUUGUGAUGAUCGAUGAGCGCAACGUUCUCACCCCAGAAAUUGCGUUUGUGGCGACUGCACUGUUCAAUAUCAUGAGGGCGGCCAUUGGCGUGAUUCCCUUAUCGGUGAAUGCUAUGCUUCAGUUUCUGGUGUCUUAUAGAAGAAUAGAUGAGUUUAUGAAUGCUGAAGAGUUGGAUUUAAAUUCGGUAUCCCACGAUGAAAGUAAACGUGACCCAUUAAUCAUGGAAGGUGGAACAUUUUCUUGGGGAACAGCAAAUGUAGAAAGGCCUGUUUUGUGCAACAUUACACUCAAGAUACAACCAGGACAGUUGGUAGCAGUGGUGGGAGCUGUCGGCUCUGGCAAGAGUUCCCUCAUCUCUGCCUUCUUGGGUGAAAUGAACAAGAUCUCUGGAUAUGUUAACACUAAGGGUAGAAUAGCGUAUGUGCCUCAGCAAGCAUGGAUACAAAAUGCUACAUUGAAAGAUAACAUUUUGUUUGGCAGUAGCUUCAACAACAAAAAAUACAUUAAUACUGUAGAAGCCUGUGCUCUUACACAAGAUCUUGAUAUGCUGCCUGGUGGUGAUUCAACUGAAAUAGGAGAAAAGGGUAUCAAUCUGAGUGGAGGCCAAAAGCAGAGAGUGAGUCUGGCUCGAGCCGUGUAUAGUAAUGCGGAUAUUUACCUACUGGAUGAUCCUCUCAGUGCUGUGGACGCUCAGGUUGGCAAACACAUUUUCGAGAAUGUCAUUGGCCCCGAAGGAGAACUGAGAAAAAAGACUAGAAUUUUGGUGACUCAUGGAGUAACAUUCCUGAGCCAAGUGGACAAGAUCAUAGUGUUGAAAGGAGGUGAAAUUACAGAGGAAGGGACAUUUAAAGAACUUAUGGCCAAGAAAGGGGAAUUCUCUGCCUUUUUAGAGCAACACAUCAAAGUUACUGAUGACCCUGGACUACAAUCAGAAAUUGAAGAUAUCCUUGAUGAUGACACUGAUAAACUGAUCUUUAGAGAAAAUAUUGAACAUAGUAAAACUGAGUCUACAAGAUCAUCAACUUCUUCACUUAGUAGCCAGUUGACUGAGGACUCUGAUGAUGACUUGGAAUGUACUUCUUACAUUGAUAGAUUGAUUCAAGCUGAGAAAACUGAAACUGGCAGUGUGAAGUGGAGCGUUUACACUCACUACCUGAAGUCUGCAGGUAUACUGCUCUGUGUAGCCACAGUGGGGUUCAUGGCUCUGUUUCAAGCUUUCUCAGUGUUGUCCAGCAUUUGGCUGUCUGACUGGACCAAUGACAAGGCGGCAGCUGUAGACGGAGUUCAGGUUCCAGAAAAACGCAGCUUUUAUUUAGAGAUCUACUCACUGUAUGGAGUUGGCCAAGUUGUCGCUGUUUUGGCUAGUGCCUAUACUCUAGCCCUCGCUACAGUCCUGGCUUCACAACACCUUCACCUGUCAAUGCUAACCAAUGUGCUUCGUUCACCGAUGAGCUUCUUUGAUACCACUCCAACAGGAAGAAUUGUCAAUCGAUUUGGAAAAGACAUUGAAGUUGUUGACAACACGCUGCCUUUCUCAGUCAAUAACGCUUUGUCGAUGUCUGCCAAUGUUGUAGGAACACUAGUGGUCAUCACCUGGUCAACUCCAGCUUUUGCUUCUGUCAUUGUUCCUGUUGGAUUGCUUUACUAUUUAUUACAGAAGUUUUAUGUUGCAACUUCUCGUCAACUAAAGAGAAUAGAGGCUGUAUCUCGAUCUCCUGUAUUCUCCCACUUUAGUGAGACUGUUACUGGUGCUUCAUCGAUCAGAGCAUAUGGGGUUGAAAACCAUUUUAUCAAAACAGCAGAAGAUAGAGUGGAUGCCAAUCAAGUCUGCUACUACCCCAGCUUGGUCUCAAACAGAUGGCUCGGUAUCCGGUUAGAGACAAUAGGCAAUAUUAUAAUUUUCUUUGCAGCUUUAUUUGCUGUUUUGGAAAGAGAUACAUUGGAUCCUGGAAUUGUUGGUCUCUCCAUUAGUUAUGCUUUACAGAUUACAGGGGUGCUGAACUUUGCAGUACGGAUGGCCACAGAUAUUGAGACAAACAUUGUCUCAGUCGAGAGGAUUAAAGAGUACUCUGAAAUUCCUCAGGAAGGAGCAUGGGAAGUUCAGCCCCGACCUGACCCAAAGUGGCCAGUUCAUGGUACUGUCGAGUUCAAGGACUUCCAAGUACGUUAUCGAGCGGGCCUGGAAUUGGUGCUGAGAGGUGUCUCCUUUGUCAUCAAGGGCCAAGAAAAGAUUGGUAUAGUUGGUCGAACUGGAGCAGGCAAGUCCUCUCUCACUUUGAGUCUGUUCCGUAUAAUAGAAGCUGCUGGGGGACAUAUUUACAUUGAUGGUCUGGACAUCUCCAAGAUUGGACUGGGAGAUCUCAGGUCCAGGCUUACCAUCAUUCCUCAGGAUCCAGUACUUUUUUCUGGUUCUCUUCGAAUGAACUUAGAUCCAUUUGAGAUGUACAAUGACUCAGACCUUUGGCAUGCUCUGGACUUGGCACAUCUUGGACUAUUUAUCCGUUCCCAGCCUCAGAAGUUAUUCCAUACAAUCUCUGAGGGUGGAGAUAACUUGAGUGUUGGCCAGCGACAGUUGGUAUGCCUGGCUCGAGCACUGCUGCGGAAGACUCAGAUAUUGAUCCUGGAUGAGGCCACAGCCGCCAUUGACUUGGAGACUGAUGACUUGAUACAGCAAACAAUACGUGAGGAGUUCAAGGAUUGUACAGUGCUCAUAAUAGCUCACAGGCUCAACACCAUCAUUGACUCUGACAGAGUUAUAGUGCUGGAUGAAGGAAAGGUGAAAGAAUUUGAUUCACCAUCAAAUCUUCUCAAACAGCCAACAUCAAUAUUUUAUGGACUGGCAAAGCAUGCUGGUCUUAUAUGAUAUUAUCUUGGCUAUGUCUUUUUAUGAAAUCGUCACCGCUGGAGUAACGAUAAGACACUCAUAUUGCUAUCAGAACUUAUACACAAGUGAAUUUACAAACUCAUUUGUUGUGCAAGCAGCACUGAAUUAUUUUUGUUGAUAAUUUGACGUCAUGCCCUCCAAAAUCAGCGGCACAGGAAUCUUCCCCUAGGAAAUUGUUGAGCUUUAGGACCUCAUAAAUGAGUUCUAGCCUAAACUAAACUACUACGUGCAAUUGUAUUGUUUUUCUCAAAAUUAGUGGAGGGGGCUUGAGUCUACAGAGCCCCCCUUUAUAUUCAUCCAUGAGACUAUUCGGAAGGUUAACUAAUUCCAAUUAGAUAAGAUUAUAGCUACAUAAAUGGGUCAUAAUGAAUCUUCUUUAGUACUCUCUUGUUCUUUGAAAAAAUUCCUAAAUUUGACAAUAAUGGUUUAAAAAAGUAUUUUGCUUGUAAUUUGAUUUUGAAAUUGUAGGUAGAUUAAAAAUCUACUUGUUGGAAUCAACCUAACAUCUGGCAGAACAUAUUGAAAAUGUGUUAAUAUCUACAGCUGUUAUAACCCUCUGACCCCAAAACUAACCCUUGCGACUACUUAAUCUCAAAAGACUAAAUUGUUGUAUAUAUAAUGGGCCAAAAUAAUUCAAAGUGAUGUAGUUUGAACUUGGUAUUAUAACUGAGCAUACUUAAAUAUGUCUAGAAUAAGUUGCAUCCAGCCUUUGUACAUAAACUCUAUGUUCAACCAUGAAACAUGUAGCAUCUUUAUUAUUAAUUUUGACAUUUGUAUAUAAUUAGCAAAAUAUAACUAGUUUUAUUUAUUA